UCUCUACAUUAAGACAUUGAGCUAGUUCAAGUCACCAUAUUUUCUCAUAAUAAACAAACAACAACUCUCUUACUGUUUUGUGUUUUCUACUUCAAACACAAUUGUUUCCCUUCUUCUUUUGUUUUUGAGUUUAUAUAUUGAGACAAAUUAGCAGCAUGGGUUGGACAAGAGAAGAGAACAGACGUUUUGAGGAUGCACUUGCAGUAUAUGGUCCAGAAGAUCCAAAUCGGUGGCAACAUGUAGCUAAUGCUGUUGGUGGAAAAUCCAUACAAGAGGUGAAAAUGCAUUACGAGAUCCUCAAGGAAGAUCUCAUACGAAUUGAGCAUGAUCAAAUCCCACUGCCAACAUACAGGGGAGGUGCUGGUAUCAAUAUCACCAAUGGAAGGCAAUUUGGCAAUGAGCAAAGGCGAAUGAGGAAUCUUAAUAUCCAUUGAAGCAUAGAGCUCUGGAGCUACUUGUUUUUCAAUUAAUUUAUGUUAAUGUGAUUUGUAUUUAUUUUAUUUUGGAGUAAUUUCCCGUUAUAUUCACCAUAAUGUAACUUGUAACAAAUGUUGUAUCAUGUAAUGUAACACUGUUAGUUGUGCUA